AUGGCGACCUCCAGCCAAGCAUCGUUGAACAAGCAUAUUAUUAAGGAAGAGGCCAGGACCAAUGGUUAUGAGGUCAAUGGAAAUGACUCCGCGUCCAUCUCCAGCAAUGAGGCCGUUACCACCAUCCAAAGCGCUUCCCAGUCGACAACCCAGUCAUCACGGACGACAGUGUAUGUCUCUGAGACGGCUCGUGUUGUCAGACGCAAGAUCAUCCGUGAGCUAGAGGAUGUCACGACGACUUACUUUGAAAGAGUCGACCUCGAGGCAUACCUGGAGUUCAUUGGCGAGGAGCGUCUGCUUCAUAUGCCCCGCAAGGGCAGCCAGUGGGAUCGUGUACUAAAGGAAGCCGAGUUCUUCGGUAUCCAGCUGCACGAGUUCUCGCACUGCCUCAGGAAAAUCAUUCCCGAAUGGUCAGAUGUGCGCAACACUGCUCUGGCAAGUUGCUACAUCCUUCUUGAGCUCGGCUGCGAGCAAGCUGAAGCUUUGGAGCCUACCUUUAACACAUUUUAUGAACUUGGUCUUCUACUGUCUCAUUCUAUCCAGCUUCAUGACAUGUUUACGGCAAGCGAUGCCAUUAAACAUGAUCUCAGCUGUGUGUUUGACAGUCUCGUCCGCUUAGUCGGCGAUGUUGCCCUUUUCUACAGGCAACGUAUCAACCGCAUUUACAGCGGCUCCGUGACCAUCGACUUCGACGCUGAGUUUGGCACUCAAAUCGCUGAAAUCUGGUCUCGGAAAGAGCACCUCUUCAAUCACAUGUGGGAAUACAAGCUCCGCAGCAAAAGGUUGUCGCUUGAUAUCGCAACUCUACGGCAGCAUCUUCUUCCUUCUCGAGAGUCUGUGAAGUCUUUUGUUUACGGACGUGUUGCCGACCGCAAACUUCGGGUUGAGGGCACUUGUGAAUGGAUAGAGCAUGAUCUUCAUAGCUUCCUUCGCAGCGAUGAUGACAUCUUUACCAUUACUGGCAACGAAGGAUGCGGUAAGAGCCUGCUUGCUGCCUGGGUAAGGGAAAGGCUCGAACGGCCUUUUGACCGACAGCAGUUUGAAACUAUCUCGUUUACUUUCUCAAGUGACAUCCCCGAAGAAGCCUCGCCACUUGCCCUCCUCAAAAGUUUGCUUUCUCAGCUACUUGAGGUAAACGUCGGCGAUGUGGCCUUGUUCGAAAGAUUGGCUGUCAUCUUUGACCGUCGACCACCUGGCGAGGACACUGUAAAGCUCGAAAGCGACCUGUGGGAUGCGCUUAAGUUGAGCAUUGACGCUAUCAACAACAAGAAGACUAACCUAGUCAUGAUCAUCGAUGGCCUCGACGAAAUCAAUGGCGGUGCCCAGAAGGCAAGUGAAUUGCACAAGAAGCUUCACGAUGCCAUCAUCAAGCACAACAGAAUCCAAGCCAUUACUUUCUCCCGACCCAUCUCUCAUCUCGGAGGUAACCGCUGCAAGCACUUGGUCAUCACCCCUGAACAUGUUCGCGACGACAUCGAGGUAUUCCUCACCAGCAAGCUGAAGCGAAUCACAGCCUUUGCAUCCGAGAACGACCAGGCCAAGCGUGACCUCAUCAACAAGCUUGCCGACCAAGCCAAAGGCUCUUUCCUGUUCGCCUAUCUGGCAGUUAACCUUUUGUCCACUGGCCUCAAUUUCAAUACUUUUAAGGACACCAUGGCUCACUGCAAGAGCGAUGUCAAGGCUGUCAUGGCAGAGCUCAUUAAGAAGGUUAACAUCAAGGAGGAAUACGGCGAGAGCAAAACCUACAACCUGUUCAUCUUCAUGCUCGCCGCUCGUCGCCCUCUUACCACUGGCGAAAUGACUGACCUCAUGAGUAUUUCGUUGUCUAAGCGAACCGUCUCUGCCAACGCUGAUAUUUGGCAACCUAUUCGCAACACCCAGGGUCUCGUCGUUGUCCACCGCGGUACUCUGCGUUUCAAGCACUCAGUCGUCAGGAAGUAUAUCAACAGCCUCUGUGGAACUACACUGAUGAGUGUCGAGGACUCUCAUCGCCACCUUACUCUGGCUCUCAUGCUCUUCGCCAAGACGAAGUUCACACAAUCCUCCGAGCCAACUCUGGAGUGGCUUUCUGAUGACCUUGUUCACGAGUGCCUUCACUCUCAUCACAUUGCAAGAUACAUGCUGCACAACUGGGUCUAUCACUUCCGCAUGUCAUCCCUUCACGGCCAAAAGGAUAAGCUCAGCCUCACCCCUGAGUUUAAGGAGGUGUUCCCUGACACCACCUUCUUCUCCUUGUUGGAGUGGUCUCACUGGCAGUCGCAGUUCAGCCUGAAGGAGACAAUCGCGAUGCAAGAACUGAGUCUUCGCAUCCGAUCCAGCUGCUUCGGCGAGAAGCACCGCUCAUACCUUCAGAACCUUAUCGUGCUGGGAUCUCUUCAUAGACGCACAUCUGAACCCGUGUCCGCAUCUGAGUUCUUCUACAAGGCUUCAUGCGUUGGCCAGGUAAUCCUCUACAAGUUCAGUCCUCUGGUAAUUUCCUGCACAAACCUGUUCCUCACUUGCACGGAGAAGAUUACCAUCACCAAGCGGACGACUACUGUGACGUAUCGCGAGGAGAUGAUCAGAUUCAUGAUCGAGAUUUGCAAGAACAAGAAUGGCAAGCAAAGCGACGAUGUUAUCAAGUGGUACAAGGUUCUCGCAAAGCUCUACGUCGACAUCAAGGAAGAGGAGACGGCGAUGGAAAUCUACAGAGAGCUUCACGUCAUUGUCAUCGCUCGCUUCGGCAAGGGAUCCAAGAUGGAAUGCGAAAUCGCGGAAGAUGUUUCUGGUAUGAGUGUUGUGCUCCAGUCGAAGCCUGGUAAGCCCAAAGGUUUCAAGCACGCCGGUCUUCUCUUUGAUGCUGCUGAGGAGAUGUCCCACACCGACAUCCGCCGCAUCAAGAUCAUUCUCACUCUGGCUCGCACAUAUGAGGCUGAGCACCAGUAUGUCAUGACUGAAAGGCUUUAUGUCGGUCUCUGGCGGUCUAUCUUGGAGGCUUGCCGUCUCAAGGCUACAGUGGAACUUCAUCUUGAGAAGCUCAACAUUGCCCUGGAGUACAUUCAGUUCCUCAGGCGAAUCAAGCGUACCGAAGAAGCCUGCAACAUCAUGGUCUGUCUCUGGGCUGAGUACGACAACUACAAAUUCGAGUCCGAAACUCUUGUGAUUCGCUUCAAGGAGCUCGCCAUACUCGCAAAGUCUUUUGGUAUCAUCGACAUCUCCAUGUCCAUCCUCAGCAAGGUCUGGGGUUACUUCAAGUCGAAGAAGACAAUUGAGCAUGAGGAGGCGAUCUCCACCUCCGUCAUCAUCACCGAGGUCGUCGAAGAGAUCACUGAGACAAUCGUUGAGACCAAGACGACUACCACUGUUGUCGAGACUGUUACCAGAGAGGUCUGGGAGACUACAUAUGAGCGCUGCAAGACUGGAAAAGCCAGCAAGGGUUUCUUCAGCUCCUGCCUUGCCCUGAUCAAGCUCUACUUGAAGCAGGAGAACUGGACUGAGGCAGAGACCAUUCUCCGAAAGACUUUGGAAGUCACCUGGAAGGGUGUGUUGACCGCCGAUGCCAAGUUGACUAUCGAAGGAGAAUUCAUUUCGGAGCGCAUCCUCGUGGCCAGACGCCUUGCUCUCUGCUACCACAAGCAGAGGCAGUUUACCAAGGCGGAGGAGAUAUACCUUCGCAUCUUCAACGCGUGCUUCCACUCCCUCCAUGUGGAGAACCACAGUGUUCUCGAGGCUGCUGUGACUCUGGUUGAGUUUUACGAGGAGUACCACCGCCAUGAGAAGGUCAUUGACAUCUACAACAAGCUCCUGCAGCACUACCGCAAGCAUCUCAAGCGGGACCACCAGCUCACGAUUCAGACUCUCUACAAGCUUGCGGCUGUCUACCUCAAGCUUGGUCGGAACGAGGCCUACGAGUGCUACAGUGAGAUUGUGUCCAUCUAUACCCAUGACGGGUGCUGCCACGCUGGUGGCCUCGAGGCGGGUGUCAUCGUUCUCAACCACUACUACCUCGAGAAGCGAUGGGCCGAGCUGCAGAAGAUUUGCACAACUCUGUGGACGACAUUCAUCCACCACCAUCACGAGAUCAAGUUCACUGAGGAAAUGGUGGAAGUCAUUUACCAGCGCUACCGCUACGUCUUGGAGUUCCAUGCCAAGGUCGAGUUCACGGCUCUGUACAAAUUGACGGUUGAAUAUCGUGAGACGGUAACCAAGGUCUUUGGUGUGUCUUCUGCCAUCGUCCUCAAGGCCAUGAUCGCCCUUGCCGAGAUUUGUGAAGGCUCUGAGACGCACUACCAUGAGUCUAUCACCAUCUAUGAGGAGGUCCUCACCAGGACCAAGACUACGACUACGGUCAGCGAGACAACUGUCCGCACGAUGAAGAAGCGUCUGUCUAAGCUCUACGUGACCGUGAUCACAACUGGCAAGGUGACAACCACCACAACCAUCGAACGCGCCAUCGCAAUCGGCAUUGAGAUGUACGAGCAGCUCAGAAUCGAGUACGGCUGGUGGCACGAGACUACGCUCUUGAAGCUCCGGGAGGUCACGCUUCUCUACAAGAAACUUGGCACCAAGGAGUCUCAUUUCGCCAUCGUCCAGAUGCUGCAAGCCUCUGUCAUUGAGAUCAUCACAACGGUCACCGUCUCCACGACGCUCCAUGUUGCGGCCAAGACCUUAGCCGAGAUCUACAUUGCUGCCGGCAUGGUGCGCCACGGUAACGACCUUCUCCGCCAGCUUCGCUAUGUCCUUCUGUUCCCCGGCUUCGAGGGAGGAGAGAAGGAUGUCACCAUCAAGCUAUCGCACAAUGUUACCAAGGUGUCCCUCGUGUUCCUCAUCUCGUUCGAGCAGGCCCUGCACAUUGACGGUCCAGUGAAAUACAACUUCUCCGAAAUCAUGGCCGACGUGCUCUUGGAGACGAUUCUCUACGAGCAGUACAUGUCUGUCAUGUCCAGCUACACGGAGACCAGCAGCUUCGAGAUUGUCGUCGAGCACGCUGCCCGUCUCCGCUUCGUCUGGGAGUCUCGCGGCCGCACCGGUUUCGUCAACGUCCUCGACAAGAAGCUCUUUGCCCUGUUCACAUCAAGAUACUCUAAGCAUCUUGGAAACAAUACGGCAAACAGCCAGGCUAUCUCCGACUUCUAUGUCGGUCUGCUUCGCGAGAUUGGCGCGGGCAUCGCAUCCGAGAGGGACUCGAUUGACUUCAGCUUCGUAACCUGCAAGGCCGCAUACACGACCACCAAGAGGUUCAUGAAGGAGAGAGAAUUCUCCAGGGCCCAUGAGGUGGCGAAAUGCGCCUUUGGCUUUGCCAACUCCCAGCGCUUCUACCACUACAGCCGCAACAACGUUUGGGGUUACCGUCUGGCUGAGCUUCUGGCUGGCAUCGGCGUGGAUGGCUGGAAGUCUGCUGAUGCGGGCGUGCGAGAGGCUUCGCUCGCCACGAGCAGAAACGUGCUGCAGCUUGUACUCUCGGCCCUGAGAGAGAGCAAGAUCGAGUUCUCCAACAUGCGGCCCGAGGAUAUCAAGAGUCUCAUCUACCUUCUCGGCGAGCAGAAGAACUUUACGGAACUCGAGAACCUUCUCGUACUACUCUGGCAAUCCAGAGAGGUCCAGCGCGGCUCUGGCUUGCCGGACAGAGUCCUCAACAUCGGUUCUCUCCUGGUCGACGCCCACCUUUCUGCCGGGCAUAUCGACCAAGCCGUCACGCUCUGCGAUACGCUCUAUUACAACGUCCGCCAGUCCCGUGGCGGCCUGGACCCGCAAGCCCUCGAGCUCGCCAACCGCUUGUGCCAUCUCCUUUGCCGCGCCAACCGCGUCCGCGAGGCGGCACGCGUGCACCAGGACGUCGUGUGCGACUUGGACGAGCAUCUUCUCGCCACUCGCGGCGCAGACAAGGAAGAGCGCUUGCGCGUUGCUGCUGAAACCCACCUCGACGGCAUGCGGAGGUGCGGCUGGGCUUCUCGCGGCGACAGCGUGAGAACUACCAAGGAGGUGUAUGAACGACUCAAGGCCUACGGAAAAUUGAACACGCCGCCUGUCGAGCAGUGGGCUCCUCUGAGCACGGCGGAUGAGAAGAGGGAGGUGAACGCGGCCGCGACGUGGUCGAUGGAUUGGGAGCUCAAGGGGCAGAUUGAGGCAGAGAAGCCCAUCGUGAAGAAGAGGUACUCUGUUGCCUCGGCGAAGGAGAGAUGGAGGUUUUGGAGCCACCAGAGCAGCACGGAGAUGACUAAUAAUCAGUUGGUGUACUGA